CGAUACAGAUCGCGCACGGUAGGGCAUCGGCGAUCUGCCCCCGACCAACGACGACGACGCCGCCCCCACCGACGCCGCUGCCGCACCGGACCGCCGUCGAGCCCGACUUGGCAGCCACCCCAACCGUCACGAAUUAGAUCCGGAGUGCUUCCUGCUGCUUGAGUGCAAGCCGCUGAAGUGCUCCCUGCCGCCUGAGUGCUUGCCGCCGCAGUGCUGCCUGCCGGCGCCCCCGAACGCCGUCGCAGCCGCCCCCGGUCGUGGCGCUUCUUCUCUGCGAGAGCCCGAACAGCAGCAAGAAAUUACUUCUCUUCAAGGAUGUCUUCUAGUGAAACUGAUGGAAGUGAUGCUUCUCAGAAAAGUGACUCUACUGAUGUUGACGAAGAUGGUGAGUUUGCUAUGGAGAUUUUACGACACCAUCAAGCUUUGCAAGCGACUGCAUUCUCGGUUGCUUGCUUGCUUGGACAAUAUUUUAUGACAUAUUAUGAUAAAAAUAAACCAAGGACAUCACAGCUAAGUGGGUAUGCAUGGGUACUAGAAACUUUGAGGACACCAGGAGAGAGUCAUCAUAUGUUCCGUAUGAAUAGUGAGCUAUUUUGCAGGCUACAUGACUUAUUGGUGAGUACAUAUGAUCUCAAAUCUACCAACCACAUGAAUUCUAUAGAGUCGGUUGCUAUUUUCCUAUUCAUACUUGGAGGCGGUGAAUCCAAUAGAAGGGUUCAAAAUAGGUUCAAACAUUCUGGAGAAACAAUAAGUAGAAAAUUUGAGGAGGUUCUCUUUAGUGUGGUUAGUAUGUGCAAGGAUUACAUAUGUCCAAAAGAUCCUAACUUUCGAAGAGCUCAUAGUCGAAUAAAGAAUGACAAGAGAAUGUGGCCACAUUUCAAAAAUUGCAUUGGUGCCAUUGAUGGGACUCAUGUGGCAGUAAACCCACCACGUGAAGAAUAUGUUAGAUACAUUGGUAGACACAAGAGUUCCACUCAGAAUGUGAUGGCAGCGGUCGACUUUGACAUGCGUUUUACCUAUGCUUCUAUUGGACAACCUGGUUCUAUGCAUGACACUAGUGUUCUUUAUCAUGCAUUAGAGGUUGAUAAAGAUAUAUUUCCACAUCCCCCACAAGGUAAAUAUUAUCUUGUAGAUGCUGGAUACCCAAAUAGACCAGGAUAUAUGUCACCAUACAAGGGCCAAAGGUAUCAUGUUCCUGAAUGGAGAAAUGGACCUCCUCCAAGUGGAGAGCAAGAGUAUUUCAAUCAGUGUCACUCAAGUGCACGCAAUGUCGUUGAGCGAACCUUUGGUGUGUGGAAGAUGAAAUGGCGAAUCCUUUUAAAGAUGCCUACAUAUCCCAUGGACAAGCAAGAAAUGAUCAUUGCUUCGACAAUGUGUCUCCAUAACUUUAUACGUCAGAAUUGUACAUCCCACAAGUAUUUUCGUAGGUGUGAUCGUGAUCUAGAUUAUGUCCCGACCAUACCUGCAAGAUAUGCAAAAUAUGUUGUCUCACAAAAUGCAUCUGAUACGUCUACGACACACUCUAGUGAUAGAUCCAUGGAUAUAUUUCGUGAUAACUUAGCAAGCACAUUAUGUCAAUCAAGAUGAAAGUUCUCGUAACAUUGUAGUUGCCAUAUUUUUGUAAGAAUACAAUAAUGAUUUAUUUUUAUAAUAGCUCAAUUUAUGAGUGGA